GAGGUUUGCGUUAGGAUUUUGAGUGAGGAUUGAAGGUUGCUUGUGAGUCCGUAUAGGGUUAAAGUUGGUGAGUUUAGAUCCUGUUCAGGUUAUCUGGGUCUAGAAGUUGUGAGGUUCUAUAUUUUACAUAGCGUCUUGAUAUAACAACAGAUUAUGGCAGAAGCGCAGGAGGGGGCACAGGCCCCCACGGUCAUGUACGUACCGUACGAUAGGAAGUGGCCCAAGUUUUCGGGGGCGCCGCCAGAACAAACUGUAGAAGAAUGGCUAGAUGAGAUGGAGGGUGCAUUCACCCUCUAUAGCACUCCAGAAGCACAGAAAGCAGGGAUGUUGUAUAGGAAUUUAGAGGGCCAGGCCAAACGGGUAGUCGCUGUAUUGUCAGGGGAUGACCGCAAAGACAUAGGCAAGGUACAGUCGGCCCUGAAGUCUGCAUUCGGGGACACAGCUCCCGUAUCCGUGAUCAUGGGCAAAUUCUAUGCCCGGGACCAGGGCAGGGAUGAGACGCUAAGUAUGUAUGCCCUUGGCCUUCAGGAAAUAUUAAAACGGGCCGAGAGAAGGAGGGGGGCUGUGCUAGAUGGCGAGGACGCCAUGCUAAGGGACAGGUUCUUAGACGGACUCAAAGAUAGGGACCUAGAACGGCAACUACGCCAAUACUUAAGAGCUGCUCCCCCAACUACUCCUCGCACGUUCCAACAAGUAAGGGAGGAGGCACUGCAUUUGAGUGGGGAGUGGAGUCACCAGGGGACAGGGGCUCAGCAGAAUGUAGUUAUGCAAGACACUGGGGAUUCACAGUCGGCGAUUCUCUCCGAGAUCGCCAAGCUUAGGGAGGAGACAGGGAAAACUAUCGAGUCUCUUCGUAAUGAGUUACAGCAGAUGAAACUAUCUCCUAGUAAUAGUAGUAGGCAGGGGCCACCCAGGGCCCAACCUAACGGCUUCCGACAGGGUGCACGUGGGUGGGACAAUCAGGGCCGCCAAAUCUGUUACUCUUGCCAGGAACCCGGGCACAUCCAGCGUGAUUGCCCCAACGUUAGGAGGUGUUACGUGUGCGGGGACACAGCGCACAUCCAGCGGGACUGCCCUUGGGGCGGCCAGGGAUCUAACCGGUAUAGCAACCCCCGUAAUAAGCCUCAGAAUAACAACCGCGGCCCUCAGACUAACACUCAGUCCCCAAACUAGUUAGGCCCGCGGCCGAGGGACCAG